AUGCCUAUCCAAGCCGCUGCCAGCCGUUAUAAACGGGCAUAUCACCCUCCUGUCAACUAUGAGAAUGCAGCACCGAGGAGUGAAGCCAGGACCAAGCCUUCAGGAGCCCCUUAUGCCUACCAGCAGCUGAAGAAGUUCAAUGACCUGCACGCACUGAGGAACCCGGACUGGCGAACCCGCCCCUCCGAUAACAGCUCAUCGGCAGUGGACGAUGGCGAACAUGAUGUUGCAGAAGCGGCCGGUGCCGGGAAGCAACGAGUUGGCAUGGAUGCCUCUCCGCCAUCUGCCGUGCAAGGGGUACAACAGACUAUCAGCUCAUCUCAAGAGGGUGCCGCGGCAAGCAGCACCUUGAGAUAUAGCCAGAAGGAUAUUUUCGCAAUAUCUUCUGGAAUGGAACCCAAGAUACUCAAAGCGCUGGAAGAGGAAAGGCCCAUUCAGUAUCAAGUUCUGAAGCAACUGCCUCUCUCGUCUGCUAGAGACUAUCCCUUGCAGCUAUUCGAAGUUGCCCCGCUGGGCAGCAUCUCCGGUUACUCAACCAAAUCCAUUGUGGACAUUCGACCUCUGAGAGGAAACUUGGAACAGAAAAGACAAGGAGUUUCUCACAACAGCCAAGAUGAGCAGCUCACAGCAGCGCUUAGAGCCGCCGACACAACGCCUCGCAAAGUUCGAGCGCAGGUAUACCAAGCUCAUGGGCCAUAUGCAACUUCAAAUGAGCCACGAUCACGAAAGGGCUUUUCUGAGACGCACGGAAUAUAUGCCCUGCAAAGUCCCACGGCUCAUGUCCACACCAAUGAGCGUCAACCAGCCAAGUCGGAUCCUCCAGCAAAUGACAAAGACCGGGACGAAGCCUUCCAGCGAUUUUUGAAGAAGCUGAGGCAAAAUAGCAAUGUAUCUCAAGGUAUAAAGACGCAGAAGCGGCACAGGACGGAUAGCGGCUAUGAGGAUAGCUUCAAGGGAUCCCCAAGAGAGAAUCCCAUCGAGACAUCUUCACAAAGUCGCCGGGCACAAGGGGCUAAUCCACACAAGAAGACUACCUCUGAGCAUUCCAACAACGGCCAUGCUCGAAAAUUUGAGAAUCACAGCCAGAAAGAGGGGAGCAGCGGCUCGGUUGCCUCGGGCGCCUUUCCUAACGAGCCAAUCAAAUUCCAGAAUUUCAAUCCCAAAGCGAGAGAAUUUCUUUCAUUCACCAUUCGCAGGGAUGCCAGUUCUGAUUCUAGAUUUGAAGAGGAAGAUUUGGAACCGUUUCGACCAUUUGCGACUCCUUUCGCUGGUAAAGAUGGCCGGACAAAUGUCACGUCCCUCGCAGAAUUGACUUGCCUCGCGGACAUUGCCUCUGUUCAUCCGCCGCCGCCGCCUCCUUAUGGAACUAUGCCAUUUGCCACUGCGAAUGGAGCUACCGAUCCUCUGACACUCAAUAACCCGAUGGCAACAAGACUGAUUCCGGUGCCUGCAGAUCACUUCGGCGGCUCGCUCCAGGCGCCAGCUAUUGCAUUGCAGCCGCUGUCUUUGGUCAAUCCGGCAAUGCUUCAAACCCAGCCUGUUUUGCAACCAUUGCCAGGCAAUAUGCUGGGCUAUACAGCGCCUCAGCUCAUCAACCCCUCCUUUCCCAUCACAAACAGCUCUGCCAAUCCCUACUUGAGCAUGCCGUCCGGCCAACUACCGCUCAUUGGGGGUGCUGCUUCUCAUCCACCGCAAUCACAGCCACAACCAGUACCGAAGCCUCGCCGUCCGGAUCCGAGCGAUCAACAGGCAUACGAGGAAUGGAUCGAGUGGCGCAAGGCAAACCAGCCAGGCUAUGCCCAUGAAUGCCGCAUGAGACAGCAGCGACGAGCUCAGCGAAGCACAGACAACAGGGCAUCGGGAAGAGGUGCUGUGGGCCAUAGGAACUAG